AUGGUCCGCCAACAAGAUCCCCACCAAGGUGGCAGCCUCUCCGACAUGGCCGCAGGCGGCACAACAAUCCCCAACGACGCAGGCAAAAUGAACACAAUCCCCUCAGUCCCACGCCCAGACCAAAGAGCCGACCACUUCGGCUUCGACAACGCCGGAGUCGCGGAGCCAUCAACCGCAAUGGCAGCCGACAACGCCACUGACAUGCCCCGCUCAACUCGCGACGUCGGCCAGACCGGCGAAGUGAUUUCCGGCACUGGAAACUCGAUGCCGGCGGGCGUGGAGGCGAAGCAUGCACACAUGGGUGCGAACCAUCAUGCUGGUCAUGGUGAUACUCGUGAAUUGAAGCAUCAGAAGUAUGCUCGGAGUGAGUUUGAGCGGUAUGCUAAGGAGGAUGAGGAUUCUGGCGAGGUUGUUGGGCAGCAUAAUGUGCGCAAUGAGUAA